AUGGACGACGACAUUCCAGAUCUCGUCGACCUUCAGUCACAACAGGAUUCUUCUUCACAGAUCAAGCCAAUAAAAAAGGUACCCAUUACCAUAGUAACAGGCUACCUUGGUGCUGGCAAGACCACAUUGCUCAACUAUAUCCUGACAGCCGAGCAUGGCAAAAAAAUAGCGGUGAUUCUGAACGGCAGGUCUCACUUCAUCCCUGGGCAAUUUGGAAACACAGCAGAUAUCGAAAAGUCUCUUACGGUCAAUCAAGGCAACCAAUCUACUACGGAAUGGAUUCCUCUCGCCAACGGCUGUAUCUGUUGCAGCGUCAAAGACAGCGGCGUCGCCGCCUUGGAGUCUCUAGUCGAACGCCAAAAAGACUUCGACUACAUCCUGCUCGAGACGACGGGCGUGGCAGACCCCGGGAACAUCGCUCCCAUGUUCUGGAUGGAUGAGGGGCUAGGAAGCAGCAUAUACCUCGACGGCAUCGUGACCGUCGUUGACGCCAAGAACAUACUCACGAGCCUCGACGAACCUGCACCAGAGGAACUACCGGAGUCAGAAAGUCAAAGUCACGACCAUGCCCAUGACCAGCACUCGCCACUCUUGACAACAGCUCACCUACAAAUCUCCCACGCCGACGUCAUCAUCCUCAACAAGACCGACCUCGUCUCGGAAACUCACUUGUCCCAAGUACAAGCGAGGAUAACGUCGAUUAACAGUCUCGCCCGCCUCUUUCCAACAAGCCACUCGCACAUUGACUCUCUAAGUGGCACGGUCCUGGACCUGGACGCCUAUUCGACAUUUCCUCUGCCCCCGUCGACUUCUACGUCGUCCCCUAGCAAGAUACCGGACUUCUCGUCAAAAGGUCAUUCACAUCUCGACCCGACCAUAUCGACAUUGACACUCUCACUCUCUCCCCUUUCCCCGCAGGACCUCUCACACCUAGAAUCCUGGCUCGAGACCAUCCUCUGGGAAGCCGAGGACACCCAGGCUGACCAACCGCGUAAAUACGAAGUCCACCGUACAAAGGGUCUCCUUCCGCUCCUCGACGGCACCGUCCGAGUUAUCCAGGGCGUCCGCGAGAUUUUCGACAUCAUCGAAACUCCGAAGUCACCCGAAGGAAGCGACGUCCCGCAACAAGGGAAGAUUGUCUUCAUAGGACGAAAUCUCGACCUUCUUCCUACCUUUUCAGAAUCACGAGUUUCUGGUUGA